AUGUGGGUGUGCGCAUGUAGAAGGGUGUGCAUGAAUGUCAAUUCUCCCCAUGUAUCAUCCUUCUUCCCCCCCUCAACACCAUUGUUGCCACCACCAGCGGCAGGAAAAGGGACCUCCGAGGAGGGCCACGCCCUGCGCGAUUUCUCCAAGAUGCAUUUGAAGGAGGACCACUCGCAGCGACCCACGUGGGUGUGUGGGUGUGCGUGGGGAUGCACGCAUGCCAAAUUCACUGUUUCACCACGCUUCUUCCCCCUCCCGCCCUCCCUGCCACGACCACCAGCGGCAGGAGAAGGGACCUCUGACGAGGGUCACGCCCUUCGGGACUUCUCCAAGAUGCAUUUGAAGGAGGACCACUCGCAGCGACCCACGUGGGUGUGUGGGUGUGCGUGGGGAUGCACGCACGCCAAAUUCACUGUUUCACCACGCUUCUUCCCCCUCCCGCCCUCCCUGCCACGACCACCAGCGGCAGGAGAAGGGACCUCUGACGAGGGUCACGCCCUUCGGGACUUCUCCAAGAUGCAUUUGAAGGAGGACCACUCGCAGCGACCCAUGUGGGUGUGUCCGGACGGACGAAUCAUCCUGGAGACCUACUCGCCCCUCUACAAACACGCCUACGACUUUCUAAUCGCAAUUGCCGAGCCAGUCUGCCGUUUUGGGGCAUGUCAGUGUUUAUCCCUCACUCAGGGGAUCAUCCCGGAGACCUACUCGCCACUCUACAAGCACGCCUACGACUUCCUGAUCGCCAUCGCGGAGCCUGUGUGCCGCGUGCAUCAUCCCGGAGACCUACUCGCCACUCUACAAGCACGCCUACGACUUCCUGAUCGCCAUCGCGGAGCCUGUGUGCCGCAGCGUCAGUGGUUCCCCCUUGCGCUGACCACAGUGUCAGUGGGUCUAGACACCUCCACCAUCAUCUCACUGCUCCUCCGUCUCUUCAACACCAGGCUCCCUGCUGACAUCACUCCCGAGAACGUGCAUGAGUACAAUCUUACUCCCCACUCCCUCUAUGCAGCAGUCUCAGUGGGUCUAGACACCAACACCAUCAUCUCAAAUGUGCACGAGUACAAUCUCACGCCCCACUCCCUGUACGCAGCGGUCUCAGUUGGUUUGGACACCAACACAAUCAUCUCUGUGCUCGACCGCCUCUCCAAGACCAAGCUCUCCCCUGACAUCAUCACCUUUAUCCGCGAGUCCACUCAGAACUACGGCAAAGUGAAGCUGGUGCUGCAGCGCAACAAGUGCGGUCCAGGUAGCGAGUUCGACCAGGACCACGGGAAAGUGAAGCUGGUGCUGCAGCGCAACAAGUACUUUGUGGAAUCGCCGUACCCCAAUAAUGGAGAGCCGCCUUGGCUUGGUGCUCUGCACAGCCACUGCAGAGGUUCUCACUCACACCUGCGGCCCUGCAGGGUGGUGGAUCCUUAUCACAUAUGGAUGGAUGGAUGCGGACUUGCACUGGACUUCAAUAAGAAACCUAUGCGCAAGGAUGACAUCAAUAAGAAACCUAUGCGCAAGGAUGACAUCAAUAAGAAACCUAUGCGCAAGGAUGACAUCAAUAAGAAACCUAUGCGCAAGGAUGACAUCAAUAAGAAACCAUCCAUCCAUCUCCACUCCACCUGCGCAUACGCGUCAUUCCUCCAUGCAAAUGCAAUGGUACAUUCUGUGGCCUGGCUUGACUUUGAUGAGGGUCCGGGCGGCGAUGCCUUUGCAGAGCAGCAGCAGGGGCCAGCAGGGGACGCGUUUGCAGUGCAGCAGGGGGGAGCGGCGGACGGGUCAGCAGCAGCACUUACGCAUGCGCUCAUGGGGGCGGGGGAGGACGUGGGCGGGGCAGCGGACGAUGGGGAGUUUCACUCGUUUGAGAUCGACCCCUCUCAGGUGUGUUGGCGUGUGUGUUGGGUCAGGUGCUUGGCCCAGGUGUGCUAUACGUCUGCCAACCCCCGCCCGUCCCUUAGUGUGGGUGGUGGGGGAGGGUACGAUGGGGAGUUCCACUCCUUUGAGAUCGACCCCUCCCAGGGGCCUGCUAACUCUUGCCCGUUCGUUAAGGUGGAGUGUGUGAAGCAGAGGUGUCUUCCCAACGCCCUCAACUACCCCAUGCUGGAGGAAUAUGACUUCAGAAACGACUCGGUGAAUCCUGACGUGGACGUGGAGUUAAAGCCACAUGCGCAGCUUCGGCCGUACCAAGAGAAGAGCCUCAGCAAGAUGUUUGGCAACGGUCGAGCGCGUUCAGGCAUAAUAGUGCUGCCCUGCGGUGCAGGAAAGUCCUUGGUGGGAGUGUCAGCAGCGGUGCGCAUUCGAAAGAGCUGCCUGUGCCUGGCGACCAAUGCAGUGUCGGUGGAUCAGUGGUGCCUGCAGUUCAAAAUGUGGUCGACGAUCAAGGAUCAACAUAUCUCAAGAUUCACCUCUGAUACCAAGGAGAUGUUCCAGGGCGAUGCAGGUAUUGUGGUAACCACGUUCAACAUGAUUGCGUUCGGAGGGAAGCGGUCGGCAGAAUCGAAUAAAAUCAUUGAAGCCAUCCGAUCGCGCGAGUGGGGCUUGCUGCUCAUGGACGAGGUGCACGUGGUGCCAGCUCAGAUGUUCCGGAAGGUCAUUGGCAUCACCAAGUCGCACUGCAAGCUGGGAUUGACAGCCACUCUCGUGAGAGAGGACGAGCUAAUUGCGGACCUCAACUUCCUGAUCGGUCCCAAGCUGUAUGAAGCAAACUGGCUGGACCUGGUGCGAGGGGGGUUCAUUGCCAACGUGCAAUGCGUGGAGGUGUGGUGCCCCAUGACUCGCGAGUUCUAUGCAGAGUACAUCCGAGCCGAUGCAAGAAAGCGCCAGGGUUUGUACGUGAUGAACCCCAACAAGUUCCGAGCAUGCGAGUACCUGAUUCGUUUUCACGAGGAGCAGAGGCGAGACAAGAUCAUUGUGUUUUCGGACAACCUGUUUGCUCUGGAGCAGUAUGCGCGGAAGCUCAACAAGCCCAUGAUCUACGGCCCUACCAGCCAUGCAGAGCGCACUCGAGUGCUCUAUGCCUUCAAGAACAGCCCCAACGUCAACACCGUCUUCCUCUCCAAGGUGGGGGACAACUCGAUUGACAUUCCAGAGGCCAACGUGAUCAUCCAGAUCUCAUCCCACGCGGGGUCAAGGAGGCAGGAGGCGCAGCGGCUGGGGCGCAUUCUGAGGGCCAAGGGGCGGAAGGAGGACCGGAUGGCGGGCGGCACGGAGCACUACAAUGCAUUCUUCUACUCGCUGGUCUCGACCGACACUCAGGAGAUGUAUUACUCGUCCAAGAGGCAACAAUUCCUCAUUGAUCAAGGUUACUCCUUCAAGGUGGUAACAUCGCUGCCCCCACCAGGGGAGGGGGACGACCUCUGCUACACGUCCAAGCAGGAGCAGCUUGAUCUGCUCUCCACGGUGUUGAGCGCAGGAGACGAAGCACUAAGGGAGGAGGUACUAGCGGAGGACUAUGACGACCUGAGCCACGUGCCCACCAUCGUGAGGCGCUCCGCUGCUUCCAUGAGCGCCAUGUCCGGCGCGCAGGGGCGGUCUUACAUGGAGUUCAGGCGUGCAGGGGCGGUCAUACUUGGAGUUCAGGUGGGGUGA